AUGGGGUGCGGGUGCCGGUACCGGGUGCAGGUGUUGGUCCCAGUGUCUGUCCUGGUGUCAGUCCCAGUCCCAUGUCAGCACCGGUACGGGGUGCGGGUGUGGGUCCCGACCCCAAUGCCAAAGCCUGUCACACCAACAGUGUCCCCAGAGCUGGGCCAGCCCAACAGCUCCUGUGGCCGGUUUCUACCCCCCUCCAAUGCUCACCCCGUGCAAGGGGGUGUGAAUGCACAUGGGGGUGUGCACAAGUGUGUGUGUGUGUGUGCAAGUGGGCGAGGGGACAGGUGCCAGUCCUGGUGUCAGUACCAGUAUGGGUCCUGGUGUCAGUACUGGUACGGGGUGCGGGUCCCGGUGCGGGUCCGGGUGCCGUGUCAGCACCGGUACGGGGUGCGGGUGUGGGUCCCGGUGUGGGUCCCGGUCCCAGUACCGGUACGGGAUGCGGGUGUGGGUCCUGGUGUCAGUACCGGUACGGGGUGCGGGUCCCAGUGUCAGUACCGGUACGGGGUGCGGGUCCCGGUGCGGGUCCGGGUGCUGUACCAGUAUGGGGUGUGGGUGCGGGUCCGGGUGCGGGUCCGGGUGCCGGGAUGGGCCUUGGAGAAGUGGGUUCCCUGCUGUCACCCCUUCUCCAGCCCCCUCCCCUUCAUUUUCAUUUGGAGACCCCAUUGUCCCCCCAGCCAUCCGUGGUCGCUCUUCGUGGCUGGGGGUGAGGAUGGCACUGGUCAGGGAAGAGGUUUGAGGCACUGCCCCCCCUGUCCCCCUCUUCAGACCACCAAAGCUGAUCCCCCUCUGUGGCUUUGCUCCCCAGGUUACGGCCAUGCAGCCCCCAGCACGGAUGGGGGGAAGGUCUUCUGCAUGGUCUACGCCCUGCUGGGGAUCCCCCUCACCCUCGUCAUGUUCCAGAGCCUGGGCGAGAGGAUCAACACCUUUGUCAAGUACCUCCUCCACCGCAUCAAGAAGUGCCUUGGCAUGAGGCGGGCGGAGGUCUCCAUGGCCAACAUGGUCACCAUCGGGUUCUUCUCCUGCAUCAGCACCCUCUGCAUCGGGGCGGCCGCCUUCUCCUACUACGAGCACUGGAGCUUCUUCCACGCCUACUACUACUGCUUCAUCACCCUCACCACCAUCGGCUUCGGGGACUACGUGGCCCUGCAGAAGGAUGAAGCCCUCCAGAACAAGCCGCAGUACGUGGCCUUCAGCUUCGUCUACAUCCUGACGGGGCUGACGGUCAUCGGGGCUUUCCUCAACCUGGUGGUGCUGCGGUUCAUGACCAUGAACGCCGGGCCGGUGGGGGCGGGGGGGACGGGGGGGACGGCGGCGGCGGCCGGCGGGGGCGGCUUUCGGAACGUCUACGCUGAGGUCCUCCACUUCCAGUCCAUGUGCUCGUGCCUGUGGUACAAGAGCCGGGAGAAGCUGCAGUACUCCAUCCCCAUGAUCAUCCCCAGGGACCUCUCCACCUCGGACACCUGCGUGGAGCAGAGCCACUCCUCGCCCGGCCGCUGCCCGGAGACCCCCUCCAACAGAUGCUUCUGCAACGCCCGGAGGUCGGCCAUCAGCUCCGUCUCCACCGGCCUCCACAGCCUCACGGCUUUUCAGGGGCUCAUGAAGCGCCGCAGCUCCGUGUAGCCCCCUCUCCAGCCCCCCUGGACCACCCCCCAUUCUUGGCCAAGAAGGACCCUUUUUCUUGGUCACCGCAGGAGGAUACCACUCCAUGGUCACUGCAGGAGGACACCACUCCAGGGUCUGGCCUUGGAGGGGGGACACGGUGGGCUGGGGACCCCCAUGGUGGGGGGGGACACACCAGGGGCUGUGGUCCUCUGCAGGGACUCGAGAGGGAC